AAAGGCCGAGUCAGGGAACCCAGAGGCGGAGUAAGAAACAAGGCGAAGCUCUGAUUGGCUCCUGGGAAGACGCCGCUCCCCACCUCCCAAAGAUGCACCAAUGAGCUGCGGGCGUAGGGGGGCUCGGAGCCGGGAGGCAGCGGAGCAGCGGAGCAGCGGAGCAGCGGAGCAGCGGAGCCGCGGGGGGAGGCUGCACGGGUCCAGGAGGCGGCAGCCAGCUAUGAAGCCGUUUACUUCAAUACAGCCAAGUGAGUUUGACUCCUCGGAUGAAGAACCUAUUGAAGAUGAACAGACUCCAAUCCAUAUUUCAUGGCUACCUCUGUCACGAGUGAAUUGCUCUCAGUUUCUCGGUUUAUGUGCUCUCCCAGGUUGCAAAUUUAAAGAUGUUAGAAGAAAUAUUCAAAAAGAUACAGAAGAACUGAAGAGCUAUGGUAUCCAGGACAUAUUUGUUUUCUGUACCAGAGGGGAACUAUCCAAAUAUAGAGUCCCAAACCUUCUGGAUUCCUACCAGCAGUGUGGAAUUAUCGCUCACCAUCACCCUAUCCCAGACGGAGAGGCGCCCGACAUAGCCAGCUGCUGGGAAAUAAUGGAGGAGCUUGCAAUCUGCCUCAGAAAUAACCGGAAAACCAUAAUACACUGUUAUAGAGGACUUGGGAGAUCCUGUCUUGGUAUACACGCGAAGAAAUACAACAGUUCACCCAGACUUGGACAGGAGGAGUUUACAGCAGCCAUUAAUCACAGUAGCCAGAGUGGGAACAGUCUGAAUGCCCACCAGCUGAGGAGUGGAUGGACCCAGCAUGUAGCUGCUUGUCUCCUCCUAUACCUGUCUGACACGGUAUCACCACAGCAAGCCAUAGACACCCUGAAAGAUGUACGAGGGUCCGGAGCCAUACAGACCAUAAAGCAAUAUAAUUAUCUUCAUGAGUUCCGGGACAAACUAGAUGUGUAUCUAUCAUCAAGAGAUUCACUAUCAAGAUCUGUGUCGAGAUGAAUUUCAAAUCGCAUAUAUAUGACCAUGUCUGAAAUUUACGAGUUCUCUGGCAUAACUUGUUCUGAUACAAAGCUAUUAGUGUUGUCAACUUGAAUGUAUAUGUGCAGAUACUUUAAAGCUUUUAUUGACAAAA